CAGAGCCAUGGCGCCUCAGGCGGCAGUGCCCGGGGCGCGCGCACUGUGGCGGGCCUGCAACGCGCUCAUGGCCGCCUUCUUCGCGCUGGCCGCCUUCGUGCAGGUUAACGAUCCAGAUGCAGAGCUGUGGGUGGUGGUAUACAUGAUACCUGCAGUACUGACUCUGCUUGUUGGAUUGAACCCUCUCGUCACAGGGAACUUUAUUUGGAAGAGCAUCUCUGCAAUACACAUGGUGUUUUGUAUGGUGUGGGCUGUAGGUUUGGCGUACCAUCUCCUGCUUCACACACAACAGAACAUCUUACAUGAAGAAGAAGGCAGGGAGCUGUCUGGCCUGGUGAUCAUCACAGCAUGGAUGGGGCUAUGUCACAGCUCAGCAAAGAAUCCACUUGGUGGAAGAAUUCAUUUGGUGAUGGCCAUUACAAUUGCUCUUCUCCCAUUGAUUUCAUGGGUCUACAUAUACAUAAACAAAGAGAUGAGGGCCUCUUGGCCAACUCAUUGCAAGACAGUCAUUUAAAGAAACUCAAGGAUUGUAUUUUUUGAAUUGGUACUUUCAAUUCUUUUUUUAAUAGACAUAUCAGGGUAACAGGACAGUUUUUCAGAUCAAGAAAUUUAGCUAAUUGUAGGGUUGAUUUAAAGAUCUUACAAACUUUUGUGGAAUGGAGCUGAUAAAGUACCGGUCUAGCAAACCCCAAUGCUACCACAAAAGCAAAAACAAAAAAUAAAUAUUUAAAGCUGUCUACCCUGCAAUGUAAGAUUGAAUGAGACAAAUAAGAGAAGUGGAGUCUAUCAAUCUCUGGAAGCCUUUUUUCUGAAGAAUAUUGUGCCUGUAGCGUAGUGGCAAAGCUAAUGGAGUUGUAAUUCACUUUACCACUGCCCAUGUUGAUUGGGCAAAUAUAUAAACCUGGUAUUUCCUUAUCUAUAACAUUAGUGUCAGAUUGCCUACAUACUUAGUUACUAUAACCAAAGGCACUUAGAAUAUAUCAAGUGCUUGUAGAGUACAAAGGACCACAUGUCAUUAAAAUCAAGGGACUAGCAUUUGGGCACUAUUUUGCAGCUGAUGUAGAGUCAGAAAGGACUAUGUCACUGAACUAAUCUCAUUAUACUGAAUGGGUGAGUACAUGAACUAGAUGAGAACUCAAAAGAAACCAAAGAAAUAGUCACGACUUGAAAAAGUUGGAUGGAGAAAAGGAAUUUGGAACCAAUUAAGAAAGAAAUAGAGAAUAUUAGUUACUCAUAUAUUCUAUUCUAAAUGAUAAAUAAGGCCAAAAGCCAUGUUUAUAAAUGGAUGUCCAAAGUGACCUUAGGAAGGAGAGCAUUUUAGGGCUAUCCUCUCCAAUAUGGCACCACUAUCUACUGAGUUAAAUUGCUAUUGAGCACUUGAAAUGCAGCUAGGGUGAUUGAGAAGUAAUUUUUAAGUGUGUAUAUCUGUGUGUGCACGCAUGCACCAGUUCUGGGGCUUGAAUUCAAAGCCUUGUGCUCUAGCUAGCUUAUUGCUAAUGGCUGAGCCAUGCUUGCAGUCUGGCAUUUUGCUGGUUAAUUGGAAAUCUUCCAGAAUUGGC